GAGCACUGCUAGGAAUAAAUGAGAUAAAUCAUGAACAAUUUCGUCGUAAAUCCAAACGAAAGAUUGUAAAACCACUACAUCAGCUUACUAUUCAAGUUUUACAGUCUAAAAAGUAUCCCAAGUUGGCUUUAUCUGCCGCAUAUGCUUCAUAUUUGUUUCCAUCAAUGUUAAAAUAGUGGCAAAAUGAUUCCCCUAUUGGUAUAAAUGUUAAGGUAGAAGGUUUUGAAAGUAAUAUUCCUUUCUGGUUUUCGUAUCCAGAGCUUAAUAGAAGUUCAGGGGAAAUCUUGUGCAAGAGUCUAGAUUGCUCUCAUAACUUGACGCAUCUUAGAGUGCUUACAUGCACAAACGGAUUUGGCAGUGUAACAAGUGAGGGCUGGAAGGCUUGCGCCAGAUCUAAUACAACCGCCUUAAAAGGUACCACUUGUUGAGGACAUUAUUGACAAACAAAGUGUCCCUAAUGCUAGGACGCAUUUUUCUAGCGAAGUGGAAACAUGGCUACUAGAGAACAACUUUGAAGAAGCAGGAAAACUGACGAGAAUAAUAAGGAAAUGGUAUGAGGCAAGCGAUUCGCCAGGCAUUUCAUCCAAAGAAAGAAUUCAACACCUGAAAGAUAUGCGGAAAUUUUUGCUAGAUGAUACCGACUUUGGAAAAUUUCCUCCAAAAAGGCGUUAUAUCAAUGGCAUACCAAUUGUAACAUUUCAAGGAAUGUGUAUUGACAUAGACACACAGAUGUAUGGAAUAACUGGUUCGUACAAUGUUAGAUGCGUCGGUUCCCUGGCUGCAGAGACCACUGUUGGAGUGUUGCAAUCCCCUAGUCCAGUCAGUCAGGUAUCCAUAAAGGCCAGGGAUGUUCCAGCCCUUAUGAACACAUUAGUGGAUGUUAUGACAUGCAAAAUAAAUACAGAUAGGGGCUUUUACAUGCGAACAUCAAAAUCUAGUGGUGUAUACCCAGUUCAUGAAGGCGAGGUUUCAAGAAUGGAUAUCUCAACCGACCAGUGUUCUUCUUCACCAGUCUGUUAUAUUUCGUCAAACAUCGUUCCGAGAGACCACCAUUUUGAUGAACCUGAAAGGCAAAAUGUUGUUCGGAAAAUAAAAUUUGGAAGCAUAUCAAAUCCAAGUGAACCAUCUAGGGGAGCGCUGUCUGUCCGGCAGUACCAUAGAAAAGACGAAUCGAAAAUAUUGCCGACAAAACGAUUAAGAAUAUCAGUUGAUUUCUAAAACUAACAAUAGAUCCAUGGGUCACAACGCUCGCCUGAGUUCUCUGCCAGAACCCCCCCCCCCCCUUGUAAUACUUAGAUUCCACCGUACCCCAAGGGGUCAUAUUUUGAAUAAUUUAGAAUCUGCACAACCUAAAAAAUACAAUAAAUAUUUCAGAUUGUUACUAAGAAGACUGAUUUUUAAAGAAUUUGUUUAAAAUGCGUUUUGAUAUGACAAUUUGAUUCUCUUUUAGGGUCCCAACCAACCCUUGGGGCCAUAUAUUGAAUAAUUUAUAAACUACACUACUUCAGGUACUUUUUUUAUUUUUUGAAUAGCCACACCAUAUUUUUGCCUUUUCUCAAUUAUAUUUCCUUG